AUGACGAUGUGCAAAUUUACCGGACCAAAGGAUGCUCGGUACGAGGCCGUCAAAGCCAUUGUACAGGCCUUUUUGAACUCCGAACGAGUUCAGAGAACAGAAGAGAUAACUAAAAACAAACGCCGUGGCGCUGACGAUUGGCUAUGGUCUGCCGAAGGUCUGCAGAAGGCUAUUCGAGCCGUAGCCACCCAGAAGAGCCUCAGAAUGAAUGUUUUCCUAAUGGUUGAUGCACUUGACGAGCAUAAUGGUGACCAUGAAGGAAUGAUACGAUUCUUGCAGGACCUUGCGGCCCCGAGCGAAUCUCGCUCGUUCAGAUUCCAAAUCCUCCUAGCAAGCCGGCCCGAUCCACCUUUCAACGACCUUCUUCGUACCUACCCGCAUCUCAGCAUCCAUGAAUGGACGGAGGAGGACGUCAAAACCUUCAUUACCAGCUCUUUCGGCGAAGAUCUAAGCUUCCAAGAGUGUUUAUCAAAAUUCCACGACUGCGAGGACUUCCCGAAACUAGAGGCUGCUAUGGUUGGCAGAGCUCGAGGCGUGUUCCUUUGGGUGCGUCUUAUAAUCGAAGAUAUUCUGGAUCAAGUGAAACGCCGCAUAAUCGCUGAUGUUUCGGCAUUGCUUAAAAGACUAGCUAAGCUUCCAGACGAUCUUGUCGACUUAUACACCCGUAUCCUGAAGCGUGUUCCAGAAUCUGACAGCAUAGAUACCUAUAUCCUCUUGGAAACAGUGCUGCGUGCGAGACGGCCUUUGACAGUGUUGGAACUCGCACAGUACGAACUCAAUGUUUGGCACUUCAACUUCAUCGCAUACGCUAUAGGAGCAAACAUGUACCACUUUGUCGAAGACAAGCUAAAACUACGACCUGAGAUAAUGCAUGCAAAGAAAGGUCGCCCUCUACUAUUUUUCGCCAUUUGGACCCCCGGUGGAGCGGCUUGCACAGAGCCAAGGAUGGUACAGUUGUUGCUUGAUCAUGGAGCGAAAGUUCAGGAGCAGUGGGUCGAUGGGGAAGGCAACAAGAAAGAUGCUUUGAGGAGUAUGCAAUACAAAGAUUGUGAUGCGAGCGGCUACCCAAUUAAGGAGAUUAUGCUACUGCUCCUGGAGAACCAUGCAAACCCGAACCUUCUAGUGAUCGACUCCCAAAGCCGAAGCCGCCGACCUCUGGCCCAUCAAGUAAUCAUGAUGAACAUCAGCGCGAACGCCAAGAUGGAAGUUCUCCAGGCGCUAAAGAAGGCCGGGGCUGAUUUUGCUGCGCAAGAUUCAGAAAGGCUCAAAAUAUUAGACGUUUACUGCCAGAGGUUGCUUGGAGGAAAAGUGCGAGAGCAGUUCUCCAUUGAUGAACUUGAGUGGAUUCUCAAAGCUGGGGCACGUAUCACGGCGGGUAUGUUCAAUAGCGAUGGUUUUAAGAGGACUUUGCUAUACCAUGACGAUCUCCGUCAUCCCAGGCUGCUGCGCUACCUUUUCACGGUAGAGUACAGUACCGGUACUAUGCUUAUCCGUCCUAACCAUGUGUCUUGCUGGCGGGCUGGUUUAUUCGCGGGACUAUGUUCCAUUAUCGCUCUUUACAUCUUCUUCGCACGAGGUCACAUCUCAACCCUCCAACCAUUUCUCUCCGCCGGCUCUGCCUUUUCUGCGGACUACCAGAUUAACCUCAUCCCCUACUGGAAAGAGCUCGCGAGUUCCCUCGAAGCCGCGCGCCCAGUAUGUCCUCCCAUCAACGUCACGACCGAGGAAAUGCCCAAUGAGGAUAGAAACUUUGAACCGCUCAAGAAGAAAGAGAGACCGGAACGAUUGUUUCUGCCGGCAGAAGAUGAGGCGGAGCUGAUGCGUGCACAUCGCAGUAUGCGCGUCGCAGCCCGACGCCUAGCACCGCUAUUACCAGUUGGAGACGAGACCGGUAUCGUCACGACUGGCGGAUUGAAAUUAUUCCCUGUCUUGCUUGUAUCUCUACGCAUGCUUCGGCGGACAGGAUGUACGUUACCGGUUCAAGUUUUCCUCGGUGAUCAAAAAGAGUAUGAAGAAGUAAAGAGUACAUGCGAGGAUGUGCUACCGAGUUUAAAUGCAAAGUGUCACGUCGUUGAAGAUGUCUAUUCGACAGCGGAUGUUGCUAUCGCGCCGCCAGAGCACUUUCAAUUCAAAAUCCUCGCCAUUCUCUUCUCGUCAUUUAGACAUGUUCUUUUUCUCGACGCGGAUGCAUUUCCGGCACACGACCCAACACCUCUCUUCAAUUCUCCACCAUACACAACCCACGGCCUCGUAACGUGGCCCGGAUUCUUCGCCAACACCGCAUCCCCGCACUACUACCACAUCGCAGGCAUCGCCGUACCGCCACCAAACCGCGGCACAGAAUCAGGCCAACUACUACUGGACAAGAAGCACCAUGCUGAAAGUAUUCCCAUGAUGGUAUAUUACAACUACUUCGGCCCGGACUACUACUAUCCCUUACAAUCGCAGAACGGCCCGGGGCAAGGCGAUAAAGAGACGUUUAGCGCUGCUGCCAUGGCAGUGAAUGCGCCUUUUUACGGGGUGAAAACCCCCGUGUCAGCCCUCGGCAAUCAUGUCAAUGGACAAUACAUAUUCGCUGGAGCGGGCCAAGCAGAUCCCAUGCAAGAUUAUCUCUAUGACCCUCCUUAUCCAAACCACAUACAACCCGAAUACGAACGAAAUGAGGAGAAGAACCAAGUUAGAGCCUUUUUCGUGCAUACAGUGUCUCCGGAAACGAAACUCAAUCCGCUGAAGCUUUUGCGCGAGGGCGGCGUGGCAUGGGAUGCAAAUGGGGAUUGGCAUAGGAUAUGGGGAAAGGAGAAGAACGUAGUGGAAAAAUUUGGGUACGAUGUGGAGAAAAGGAUGUGGGAGUGCGUGGAGGAGGAAGCUUGCAGGACGGAUCAGGACGUGUGUAUGGAGGUCAAGGCUUUCUAUGCGAAGGUGUUUGGGACGAUGCCGGCGAAAUAG